UCCUGCGCCGGAAGCCGGACUGCUAGCUCGGUGUUAGAGACGGAUUUUUGGAACUAACGCUUGAAAUCAUGGCUUCUAAAGCAGCGAAAGGGAAGAAGGUGGUGAAUCAGGAUGAGUUGCGGCGCUUGAUGAGGGAGAAGAAGCAGCAGAAGAGACGCGUCGAAUCCCCUUACGCCAAGUACAACAGUGUGGGGCAGCUGAGCUGCGUGUUGUGUAACGUCCAGGUCAAGACUGAGAUCCUGUGGCAGGCUCACAUCCUGGGAAAACAGCACAAAGACAAAGUGUUAGAGCUCAGAGGGGUUAAACAGAGCGAGGGGAAAGCCCCUCAGGCUCCACAACCCUCCACACUGAAGAGGAAGGCUGCAGAACCGGAAGUGCAGGAUGGGAAGAAGCCUAAAGGCUCAGGUGUUGGUGGGGGUGCUGAUUCCUUCCAGGGUAAGACUGGGACCAGUGGACCAAGUGCAGGACUCAGACUCCUGGCUGGACAGUAUGAUGAUGACGACGACGACGAUCCAAGUAAAGGUCCAAGUGAUGUAAAGCAGCCAGGUCCUCUGUCUGACGGACUUCCUGUUGAUUUCUUCGACAGCGGCGGCCCUGGAUCCAUCUCCAAAGCCGAGUCGGACAAGAAGGACCACGCGGCAGAGGCGCUUCCCGAAGGCUUCUUCGACGACCCCGUCCGGGACGCCAAGGUGCGUAACGUGGACACGCCGAAGGACCACAUGAACAAAGAGUGGGAGGAGUUCCAGAAGGAAAUGUGGCAGGCGAGCAGCGCCUCGGAGGCCAUCGUGGCCGAGGAAGACGAGGAAGGGCGCCUCGAAAGGCAGAUCAACGAAAUCAACAAGCAGAUCGAGUGCCUGCGCAGGGUCGACAUGUUGCAGAACAAACAGGAGGCCUACAACGACAAACAGAAGAAGAAGAUGCCAGAGGAAGAGCGACAUCUCUCAGGAAGUGGGGAUGAAGAGGAAGAUGAGGAGGAACUGAUGAACGUAUUACGCCAAGACUGGAGAGCCAAAGGAGCGCUCGUGUAGCCUCGCAUCUCCCUUUCAGUGAAGACUGCCGUAAUGUUUGUUUAGAUUUGCAUCUUUUCGUCGUCGUGAUUAAAUUUGGUCAUUUCACGUACGAGUUUUCAGAUCACAGCGGAUUUGAGAGAAAUGUUUUCCAGCUCACUCUGGGUAAGAAAUUUCCUAGAAGCGUGAACCUCAACCUGCACUCAGACUGUGUAAGGAGUGCGGAAGGAAUACAACCUCUCAACAGUGAUUGAUAAAUCAGCAGCGCCGUUUUGCCUGUGGACGAAACUUUUGUAAUUACUUUACAACCAACUAAAAAAAAGUCAAUAAACUUCUGCUUUGUCUUUUGUAAAAUAAAGGUUUUGAUUUGAUAUGUUAAA